AGGAAGAAAAAAGGCCGCCAGUGUAAUUUAAUUUCUUCUCUUUUGUUGUGUUUUAUGUUUGGUUUCUUGGGAGCAGAAAGCUAAAUUCUGUUUGCAUAUACCAAAAGUGGCAAUCCCUUUGUUCUGCUACCUGCCUUUUUUUCCACACCUCUUUUCAAGCAUUUCUUUUCCUACCCAUUCUCUAGUCUCCUCUGUGAAGAAUCAAUUCCACAAACACACCUUAUUUCUGUUCCAUUAGUAACAAUUAAAAGAAGUGACACUAUAAAUAAUAUUAAUGCAUAUUAACAAAUAAUUAAUCAAAUAAACCAAUAAUUAUAAAUACAUGUGAGUAAACAAAUAUAAUUAAAAUAAAACUGUAUACUUGGAUCUUCCACCUCCCCCUCCUGUAACACCAUUGCCUCUUUGUGAACUGCCACCAAUGCAACAUCACAAAGGCAGACAUGUGCACCAAAGAAAGAGCCAGAUCCCCAGCUUUAAUAUAUCAGCCAACAGAAGUCUGUGCGAUCCAUCCAUUAACACAAUGGGAGUGAUAAAGAAAUGGUACGUCAUCUACCCACCCAGACAGAGUGUGGCCAGUUGGGCGCUCUAAUGCUUCAGCUGCGACCUGGAUUUAAACUUGCGAUCCAGUGUCUUAGUCUGCUGAUUGUAAUCUUUCAGUGUUUUUGCUGGGAAAUGAUUACAAAAUGCUACACCCAUGUCAAGUUUAAAUCCGAAUACAGAAAGUUAGUUUGGACUGUAGAGAAAUAACAACAUUUUGAUUUUGUCAUUUUGUUACCCCUAGUUUCAGUUAUUGCAGUUCAAAAAAGAAGAUAAAAAAGAAAAGAAAACCACUAUUCUGCCUUCAAAAUACUGACCACUUGGAGGCACUCCUUUCUAAUAAUAAAAAAAAAAACAUCAUGUGGUACUGCUACACAGUGUGCCUGCUGUAUUGAAGUGUUUAUCAGAUUACCAACACAAAGUCUAAAUUACUGUACACUUGUAUUCAGCACUUCACAAUAGAAAAGACCUACCAAAAAUUUCACUUUCCUCCCCCAUUACUUUACACAGUAUGAAUCACCUUUCCUUUCAGAAAGUCAUAAUGUAUUUGCAGGACCAGGAAGCCACUCCUACUUACUUUAGACCAAGCAAAACUGAUAUCAGACUGCUGUUACUCUCUCAGUCUGUGAGAGCAGUAAGAUGGCAGAGGCCAGUAUUUCAGUAGAUCAGGAUCAGUUCAGCUGUUCAGUCUGUCUGGAUCUACUGAGAGAUCCAGUGACCACUCCCUGUGGACACAGUUACUGUAUGGUGUGUAUUAAUGGCUGCUGGGAUAGGAAUGAUAAAAAGGGGGUCUACAGCUGCCCCCAGUGCAGAGAGACGUUCACUCCGAGGCCUGUUCUACGCAGAAACAACAUGCUGGCUGAAGUGGUGGAGAAACUGAAGAAGACAGAAGUCCGAGCUGCUUCUCCUGCUCACUGUUACGCUGGAGCUGGAGAUGUGGAGUGUGAUUUCUGUACUGGGAGAAAACUCAAAGCCAUCAAGUCCUGUUUGGUGUGUCUGGCUUCUUACUGUGAGACUCAUCUCCAACCUCACUAUCAGUCUCCUGCCUUUAAGAAGCACAAGCUGGUCAAAGCCUCCAAACAGCUGCAGGAGAAGAUCUGCUCUCAGCAUGAUAAACUGAUCGAGAUCUACUGUCGUACUGAUCAACAGUUUAUCUGUUAUUUAUGUUCAGUUGAUGCACAUAAAUACCAUGAUACAGUUUCAGCUGCAGCAGAGAAAACUGAGAAACAGAGUCACCUAGAGACAUUGCAAAGAAAAUCACAGCAGAGAAUCCAGGAGAAAGAGAAGAGGCUGCAGGAGGUGAAACAGGCUGUGAAAACUCUUAAGCUCUCUGCACAGUCAGCAGUGGAGGACAGUGAGAGGAUCUUUACUGAGCUGAUCCGCUCCAUUGAGAAAAAGCGCUCUGAGGUAACAGAGCUGAUCAGAGAUCAGGAGAAGACUGAACUGAGUGCAGCUGAAGAACUCCUGGAGCAGCUGGAGCAGGAGAUCACUGAUCUAAAGAGGAGAAACACUGAGCUGGAGCAGCUUUCACACACAGAGGAUCACAUCCACUUCCUCCAGAGAUUCCAGUCUAUGAGUGUCUCUUCUGGAGGUGAAGAUUCACCCAACAUCACUGUCCAUCAUCAUCAUCAUCAUCUCGCAUUUGAUGGAGUGAGGAAAUCUCUCUCUGAUCUGAAAGAGCGACUGGAGGAAUUCUGCAGGAAGGAAUUCAGUAAAAUCUCUGCACAGGAUGCAGCAGUUCCAGAAAUCCCCCCCACAGUUACAAACAGCAGAAAAGAUUUUUUGCAGUAUUUCUGUUGGCUGACUCUGGAUCGCAACACAGUGCAGAGUUAUCUCAGUUUGUCUGAGAACAACAGAGUGGUGAUAUGCAGCAAGAAUAUCCAGCAUUACUCUGAUCAUCCAGACAGAUUUGACCGUUAUUGUCAGGUGUUGAGUAAGGAGAGUGUGAGUGGACGCUGUUACUGGGAGGUUGAGUGGAGCAGUGAGAAAUGUGUGUACAUAUCAGUGUCAUAUAAAGGGAUCAGCAGGAAAAGACGGGGCAAUGAAUGCUGGUUAGGACACAAUGAUCAGUCCUGGAGUCUGCAGUGUUCUUCCUCUCUCUCUUUCUGGUACAACAACACUGAGACUAAGAUCUCAGCUCCUCCAUCCUCCAGAAUAGGAGUGUAUGUGGAUCACAGUGCAGGAACUCUGUCCUUCUACAGCGUCUCUGAUACAAUGACCCUCCUACACACAGUCCACACCACAUUCACUCAGCCCCUCUACGCUGGAUUCUGGUUUGGUAAUUUUGGAUCAACUGUAAGAUUAUGUGAUCCAAAAUAAUGUGACUGUAGUUUGAUGGGGUUGUGUUAUAACUUCAAUAGGAGCAGUUUUCCUACAUUAUUUUAGAAAGUGCUUGAUAUUCUGUGGAUAAUUCUAAAAGUAAGAUUUUAUGAAGAGAAAUCAGUGCCAAUUUAAAUGCAUUCACUAUAGUGGAAAAGUGGAAACUCUUCAUCUGCUUUAUUUACUGGAAAAAUUCAUACUUGAAAACAUAUAAUUGAACUGCAGUGCACAUGAGCUGCAAUUUAAAGUACAAAUCCUAUUACCUUAGAUGAACAAAAUUGUAUAAAAUGUGUGCAGAAUAUGAACACAAAUCACCUUAAAAUGCUAUUUGCUCAACUGUAUUUUAUUAAAAUGUGUGGGGUUGUGACAGUGCCAAAACAAAACAUAAUUGCACAAUUGCAUUUUGUCAAAAGCAGUCCCAAAUUUGUGCCACAGUGAUCUGGUUUUUAUUUUUUAUUUUUCAAAAUGUAUAUAUUUCUGUUACUAAAAUCUAGGUUAAAGUGAAGAGCCAAAUAUGAGCGUAGCAACAUAAUGCUGCCUAAAUUAAUAAUGACACAGUGGUCUUUACUGGUCUAUGUCUAUGCUCACAGACAUUAAAUUGUCUAGAAUAUACUGUAGCUGGAUCUAGAGUGAUGCACUGUUCUAAUAAUGUUUUUUUUUUAAUUUGGGGUAGAUUAAUUCACAUGAAAUAUAUUCCAGUCUAAGCUG